AUGAGCGAUCCGAAUUCGAACGGUCGGAUUAGAUAUUGGGCUCGAGAACUAGUUGCCACAUUGCCAGACCUUUUUCUUGGCAGUGUGAUGCCAGUAUUGCUUCAAGCUUCUAUCCUAGUGAGAGAGAACAAGGCUGCAAGAGCUGAAGAAAUAUUAGGGCAGCAGGCUGAGAAGUUCCCAGACCAGUCCAAAGUUGUUCUUUUGGCAAGGGCACAGGUUGCUCUUGCUGCCAACCAUCCUCAUAUUGCAGCCGAGUCCCUGUCUAAGAUACAUGAUAUCCAGCACAUGCCUGGCACUGUGGCCACCCUUGUGGCUCUUAAAGAGCGUGAUGCAGCAGCUGUGCUUGAUGCUGCAAUUAAAUGGUGGCUAAAUUCCAUGACUGAGGACAAUCAUCUAAGUGUUAUAAUGCAGGAGGCUGCUUCCUUCAGUCUCAGACAUGGCCAAGAGGAGGAUGCCUUCCGUCUUUAUGAAGGGCUUGUGAAAACCCAUAAAAGCAUUGAGGCCUUGGUUGGGCUGGUCACUACAGCUGCUCAGGUGGAUGUAGACAAGGCAGAAGCUUACGAGAAGGAGCUGAAGCCAUUGCCUGGUUUCAAGGGGGUUGAUGUGAAUAGUUUGGAGAAGAUUUCUGGUGCAAAACAUGUUGAAGGCACUGCCCAUGUUGUCACUGAAGCAUAUGAAGAAGGAAGGAGGGAGAAACCAAAGAAAAAGAGAAAGAGAAAGCCAAGGUACCUGAAAGGAUUUGACCCUGCGAACCCUGGUCCUCCUCCAGACCCAGAAAGGUGGCUCCCCCGGAGAGAGAGGUCAAGUUACAGGCCUAAGCAAAGGCCUAAGAGAAAGGAUAAGAGAGCUGCUCAAGUAAGAGGCUCGCUGGGUGCUGUUGUUAGAGACAAAAAUCAAGCUGAUGCCUAG